AUGAAACAUCAAACAUCUGAGAAGCCUGCCAGUCUGCCACUGGAAAUAAUCCCCGACCAGCUGUGGGUCAGCUCUCUGGUGUCCAGGCAGCAAGAAGAUAGGAUGGAUGGCAGGACUGGCUUUGCACAGGACACAGACCAUGCCACUUCAGGGCAUGGCCAGGGGUUGAAGUCAGAGCCCUGUUUCCAGACUGACUCUCUUUUGCCUUCCCCCAGUGCAUACCUGAUAUCACAGCUCCUCAGCCACCCAAUGGUUGGCAGGAGCCUGGAUCCCACCAUCCUUUUCCCUUCCUCUCAGGCAGUGGCUCUGCCUCAGGACUACGAGUGUGGUGCCUCUCCUGGAGAAGGAGCGCAGGCCCUGGCUUUCCCCAGAACCUGUGCCCUGGCUCCCGUGCCCUGUGCUGGUGACAGGGACCAGCUCUCUGACCAGCACCUACGGGGCCAGCUGUCCAACCGGCACCUACAAGCCAAACGGGCCAGAGUAGAGAGCAUCAUCCAAGGCAUGAGCCUCCCACCAACACCUCAGGCAUUUGGCACCAGCCUGGAGGCAGCUUUUAGACAUGAGAGGGAGAGGGGUGGUGAGAUGUCUCAGGAAAGGAAGAGGAAGCCGAGGGUGCCCCAGCAGGGUGCAGGGGUGGCUGGACAAGCAGCUCCCACGGGGGGCAGCUCCCACACUGAGGGUUGCCAGCAACUGAAGGAGCAGCUCUGCAUUUUAGAGCAGCAGCUGAAGCAGCUUCAGGAGAAGUUCUACCAGGUCUGUGACUCUGGGGAUGCUGCUCAAACCCAGGAAGUUUCUGAGAAAAUGCAUCCACUGCCUGCAAAGCCUGGAGACAGACUGGACAAGGACAGUGCCACUGCCAUCAGCAACCCAUGCAAAGUGCCUCUCUGGAGGAGUGUCCUGGAGGUGCAUGGGCCAGAGGAGGAGGACGGAGGUGACACAGGUCUGCCCACAGCAGCGAGGGUUCUCUCGCAGGCACUGAAGCAUGAGCUGGCUGGGGUGACGUCCCAGGUGGUGGACUCUGUCCUGAAGACUGUCUGGCCGAAGGCAGCCAGCCACCUCCAGCAGCAGUACUGCAGCCUCCUGGUGCUAGGGCCAGAUGCCAAGAGAGAGUAUUUUGCUGGUGGAAAAUGCAGAAAGCCACUUCCUAAGCCAUCUCCCAUGAAUGCACCUGGGUCACUGGGCUCACCCCAGGCUGAGGGCCUGUCAGGAGCUUUGGGGAAGAGCCCAGGCUCUCAUGCUGGUUCCUUCAGUCCAAAGGGGGUCAGAAAAUCCUCUCAGAUACCCAGCAUAGGUUAUUCACUGGCCUCAACCACCCCAGUCCAGGACAGCCAACUGCUGAAUCAGCUGUUGGGCUAUGGCCAGCACAGCCUCUGGGGCAGUGAGUCUUGUGGGAGCCCAUCUGCUCUAAGGAGGGGUCCUACAGAGCCCCGCAACUUGCAGUGGGGAACUGUCAAACUGAGGUCAUCAGUUGUGAGACAGCAGCAGCAGCAUCCCCUGCCCCUGAGCCCUGCCAGCAUGGAGAGCCUGGGACUGCUGCCGGCUGGCAGGGAUGGCUGUGGUGAGCUGCAGGCUGUGAUGGAUGGAGCACCCUUAACCUCCACCCAUAUAUCCUUUGGGGGCAGCUAG